AUGAGGUUAAAUACACCUAGAUCCACUGAAAAAGAGUCACAAGCCCCAUUGAAGUGUCAAAGAUGUGGUUACAAUAGUCACAAACCACAAGAGAAAUGUCCAGCCAAGAACCAAACCUGCCGCAAGUGUGGAAAGAUGGGACACUUUAGUAGAGUGUGUAGAGGAGCAGAAAAGAAAAUACACGGCAUGGGUAAAGAUUCCUACUCUAGUGAAGAAACGGAUAGUUCUGAUGAUGAAUACCAGCAAGCCAAAAAUUUGCAUUUACUGCACCUCAAAAGCCUGAAGAUCCAUGAGGUUGACAACGAAGACGACAUGCCGAGGGAUGCCAACUGGACACAGGUGCGCAGGCUAGUGUCAUGACCGCUAAGCAAUUACAAAAUGUUGCUCCCGAUGCACAGAUCAAGAAAACACACAAGAGACUUGUGUCAUAUAGCCAACACCAGAUCGUGCCCAGAGGAUGCACCACACUUAAAGUGAAACACAAGGAAAAAGAGAUCAAGGUGAAAGUCUUCAUCAUUGACAAGGCACAUAAUCCAAUCUUAUCUGGAAAAGUGUGCAAGGCCUUAAACCUAGUAAAGCGAAUACACGAAACCUUAUAG